ACUUUGUUGUUUAUUAUAACAGUUCAUACUGUAGUGUAUGAAAGAUGAGGUACGUAUCAUUUGUGGAACACCUGCAGCUGGAGUUCUCAGGGAACCUCAUGCCUCAGGCCAUGGUGCUGGGGGAUGUGGACAAUGACCAGGAUAACGAGUUGGUGGCUGGAAAUGUGAAUGGACAGCUGAUGGUGUUUAAAGGUGCUGACACCACGCCAUGGAGGGUGGCUUCAGGACUGGGGAUGACCUCGUGUGCUGCAGUGGGUGAUGUGUGCAAUACUGGCAAGAAUGUGAUUAUGACGCUGAGUGCUGAAGGCUGGUGCCAUGUCUUCUCCAUAGAACAUCAUGAGAAACAGAAUGAAGAUGAUGAGAAGGACAAGGAAGCAGCGUUGUCACAGGAGAAAGCAGGACCAGAGGAAAUGACACCUGUAUAUCAGCAGCUGUUAGCUGCCAACGGGCAAGCUAUUGUCAUAGCUGACAUUGAUAAUGAUGGGAAGAAGGAGGUUGUGAUUGGGUACACAGACCGUGUAGUCCGUGCCUACAGCUGGGUGGAAAAUACUUCACCAGCCUCCACAGGCCAGGAUGUCCUGAGUGGCAAAUUUGUGCUCCUUCAGACAUGGGAGUUGGUUGGUCAGGUGGGUUCCAUUGUUGUAACUAAGGGAGUAGAUGGCCAGACAGAGCUGUUAGCCUCCCAGCCUGGCUGCACCUACACGACACUACUGAUGAAGGACAGGGGAAAGGGGGAGGGGGGCAACAAAGAAGAGGAGGAGGAGGAAGAGGAGGAGGAAAGGCAACAGGCAAGUGGUGAGACUGUGAUCUUCCACCCCCUGGUGUCAUCCCGAGCCAGGAACCCUGAUGUGUCAACAGAGAUCAUCGGGAACUUGGCAACAGGGCCAUCAGAUGAUGCAGGGGACUGUGCAGGACGGGGGCUGUAUGCUAUGUGUACCCUAGAUGGUACUUUGAUGUUGGGCCAAGGAGAGGAGAUUGUGUGGUCACUCCAGGUGGACCACCACCUGUUCUCACUGACCAAACUGGACGUCACUCGGGACGGUAAAGACGAGAUAGUGGCAUGUGGCUGGGAUGGACAGACGUACAUCAUGGACCACCUGCAGAACAUGGUCCGCUUCCAGUUCGACCAGCCUGUCAAUGCCUUCUGUGCUGGUCUGUAUGCAGUGAAUCCAGGAAAGAAUGUCCCCUGUCUGGUCUAUGCCACCUUCCAUAACAACAUCACCCUGCACUUUAACACUACCCUGCCAUGUCUACUCCCAACUACACUUACGGAUGUCUUAGCAGACAAGGAGAAGGUGACACGCCUGUUAGAAAAAUUCAACCUGCAAGAUGCAGACUCUGGCACUUUGCAGCAGCUGUACCACUGGUGUAUCUAUGGACAACCUUGAACAGCAGCUGUAACACUAGUUUAUGUAUAUGGACAGCUUUGAACAGCAGCUGUAACACUGGUGUAUCUAUGUACAACCAUAAUCAGCAGCUGUACCACUUGUAUAGCUAUGGACAACCUUGAACAGCAGCUGUACAAAUGUACCACUGGUGUAUCCACGGACAAACUUGAAUGGCAGCUGUUCCACUGUUGUAUAUGUAUAUAAUGGCUACAAGAGACCCAGAAAUUUGGAAUACAUCAAUUGAAUAUGUCAGUUGCACGAAAACAGACGUCAGCACAUCUCCAAAGGUGAAGGGCACAGAGAUAGCCAAAAGGAUGUCUAACUCGAAGGACAAGCAACCCUUAGCUGCCACUUCAAAUUCCUUCCUGAACUGUAUCUAUAUAUGGCGACUUCUGGACUUGCCUUGUAUCAAUCCAGAUAUAAUAUUAAAGUCUACAUACAAUU